GGCUCCCACUUCCACAGCUCCCGGCGGGAGAAGUAUGGGAACGUCUUCAAGACCCACCUCCUGGGCCGGCCGGUGGUGCGAGUGACUGGUGCUGAGAACAUCCGCAAGAUCCUGCUGGGUGAGCACACACUGGUCAGCGCACAGUGGCCCCAGAGCACCCAGAUCAUCCUGGGCUCCCACACUCUGCUUGGCUCCAUUGGUGAUCUGCACCGCCAGCGCCGCAAGAUCCUGGCCAGAGUGUUCAGCCGCGCUGCCCUGGAAUGCUAUCUGCCACGGAUCCAGAAGGUUGUGAGCUGGGAGCUGCGGGGCUGGUGCAUGGAGCCAGGCUCCAUCGCAGUUUAUUCCUCCGCUAAAACCUUAACUUUCCGCAUUGCAGCUCGGAUUCUGCUGGGGCUCUGCCUGGAGGAAAAGCAGUUCAAGGACCUGGCCAAAACUUUUGAACAGCUGGUGGAGAACCUCUUCUCCCUGCCCCUCAACAUACCUUUCAGCGGGCUGCGCAAGGGAAUUAAAGCACGGGACAUGCUACAUGAGUUUAUGGAGAAGGCUAUACAGGAAAAACUGCAGAGAAACAACACAGAAGAUCACAGCGAUGCCUUGGAUUUCAUAAUAAACAGUGCCAAGGAGCAUGGCAAAGAAUUCACCAUGCAGGAGCUAAAG